AUGGGCGACUGGAGUUUCCUGGGAAACAUCUUGGAGGAGGUGAAUGAACACUCCACCGUCAUUGGCCGAGUUUGGCUCACGGUCCUCUUCAUCUUCCGAAUCCUCAUCCUCGGCACGGCAGCUGAGUUUGUGUGGGGCGAUGAGCAGUCUGAUUUCGUAUGCAACACCCAGCAGCCAGGUUGCGAGAACGUCUGCUACGACGAGGCCUUUCCCAUCUCCCACAUCCGCCUCUGGGUCCUGCAGAUCAUCUUCGUCUCCACUCCGUCGCUGAUGUACGUGGGGCACGCGGUACAUCACGUCCGCAUGGAGGAGAAGCGGAAGGACCGUGAAGCUGAGGAGCUGUGUCAGCAGUCCCGCAGCAACGGGGGCGAGAGGGUACCAAUCGCCCCGGACCAGGCCAGCAUCAGGAAGAGCAGCAGCAGUAGCAAGGGCACCAAGAAGUUCCGGCUGGAGGGCACGCUGCUAAGGACCUAUGUCUGCCACAUCAUCUUCAAGACCCUCUUCGAGGUGGGCUUCAUCGUGGGCCACUACUUCCUGUACGGCUUCCGCAUCCUGCCCCUGUACCGCUGCAGCCGAUGGCCCUGCCCCAACGUGGUGGACUGCUUUGUGUCCCGGCCUACGGAGAAGACCAUCUUCAUCCUGUUCAUGCUGUCCGUUGCUUUUGUGUCCCUCUUUCUGAACGUCAUGGAGAUGAGCCACCUGGGCAUGAAGGGAAUCCGGUCUGCCUUCAAGAGGCCCGUUGAGCAACCACUCGGGGAGAUCCCUGAGAAGUCCCUCCAUUCCAUUGCGGUUUCCUCCAUCCAGAAAGCCAAGGGCUACCAGCUCCUGGAAGAAGAGAAGAUCGUAUCCCACUACUUCCCUCUGACCGAAGUUGGAAUGGUGGAGACCAGCCCACUUUCAGCCAAGCCCUUCAGUCAGUUCGAGGAGAAGAUCGGCACGGGACCCCUGGCAGAUAUGUCACGGGGUUACCAAGAAACCCUGCCUUCUUACGCUCAGGUGGGGGCCCAGGAAGUGGAGGGGGAAGAGCAGCCGGUAGAGGAGGCUGUGGAGCCCGAAGUGGGAGAGAAGAAGCAGGAAGCCGAGAAGAUGGCCCCAGAAGGGCAGGAGCCGGUUGCAGUGCCUGAUGGGGAGAAAGCGGAGACCCCUGGAGUGGGGAAGGACGGCGGCGAGAAGGAAGAGCUGCAAGCUGAAAAGGUAGCCAAGCCAGGGCUGUCGGCCGAGAAGGUGCCUUCACUCUGUCCGGAGCUGACAACCGAUGACAGCAGGCCCCUGAGCAGGCUGAGUAAAGCCAGCAGCAGGGCCAGGUCGGAUGAUCUCACCAUAUGAAGUGGUGCAGAAGAAAGACACCCGCCUCCCGCUAAUACAGACCGAGAUAAAAAAAAAAAAAAAAAAAAAAGAGAGAGAAAAAAAAAAAAGCCAGCUGGUACCAAUACACUUGGAGCCUUCCGUGUCCCGUGGGUCAUCCCCGCCCCUAGUUGCUGUUCUAGAACAAUGCAUGCUGUACGGCUAGGAGACUGCCUUUCCCAUUUGUAUGGACGACCAAGGUAAACCCACUGUCCUAGUGACGUUUCCAGUUUCCUGUGCCUGCCCUGGUCUUCUGUCCCAACUGCUAUGGGGGUGGGGGGGGCUUUGCUCUCCUCCUCACUUCUCUGUGGAAAACCAUCAGGUCAGAAUCGUGGUUACCUCAUAACCUUUUACUAGAAUUGCCUCAAGCUCGCUGACCCAGCACUUCCCUAGCAGAAGCCACCGAUCCUACAUGAGUGAUCUCAAACCCAAAAGCCUACGGGAUCCAGGCUGGUCAUUUAAAUAGCUAAAGUGGCCCUGCUCUCAUAUGCUAUGAUAUAAUAUAUAAAGAGAGGUAGGGCUAUGAAGGCUGGACAGCGGGAGCAACAUCUGGCUGCUUCCCGACAAUAGUUUCCUGGAUACUUGGACAUCUGUGGGUGUUUGUUUUUUUGUUUUUGUUUUUGUUUUUUUUUUUAAGAGAAACCAGAAAUUCAAACUAUAAUUGAAAUUUCAGCAACAUAAUUUUAAAUACAAUAUGUGGACCAAAUGCAAUGUAUCCAAAUUUAACCUGUUGGGGUAUCAAUCUGCAAUAUCAGUUUACAUUAAUGAGCCCAGAUUUGCCUCACAUUUUUUUUUAUGGUCUUGGCCUAUUUUUGUGGUUUCCCAACCUCAUUUUAUCAAUUUGAAAUGUUUUAAGUCAUCAGUCCAGGAGAUGCCCAGAGUUCUUGUUGGCCAUUCUGAUGGGUCACUGUGCUCCAGGUUUAAAGCCACAGAGCCUUUGUGUCUGCAAGAAUUCUGCCCUGAGCACAGUAAGAGAAAGAGAGAGCUAUCAAACCUCUCCCUGUAAAAUGAAAAGGCUUUAGGCUUUCAAGCCCAACUGCAGUUCUCUUCCCUGAAGCAACAAAAAUCCUUUUUAAAAAUUCUCCUCUUCCGUCAUCAGUAUUCAGCCUAA